CACACAUAGAUCUGAAUAUUAGAGAAAUAAAUAAGUGUCUGUAUUUAUCUACAUAAAUUGAAAUUACAUAUAAUAUAAUAUGAAAUAAAAUUUUUGAAAUAUUAAGAAGUUAUGGUAGAAAAAUCGUCACCGAAACUCUCUCAUUUCAUUGAAAUAAUUUUAUCUUUUAUAGAACAAAAGUUGAAAGGUGCUUUACUGACAUUUAUGUUACAUAUAUUUUUCACUUUGUUAUAAUUAGAAUCUCUUUUUCAUGUAAAGGAAAAUUGUCUUCUGAACGAAGCAUAUGAUUCCUUUUUCAAUUAAUAAAGAUCAAUUUAUUGAACCAGCUUAUAUGAAUCUUUAAAAAAGGAAAAUUGGGUCCUACAACUUUUCGAUUCAGGCAAUACUUGCUUUUGUAUAAUUUUAUUUAUGGUAUUGAAAAAUUUACAAAGGAGAAAUUUUAAUAGAAGGGAAUGAAUUGUUUUUUUUUGCUUUUAGAGUAUUCCAGGGAAAAAAAAUUAGACAAAAUUCGACUAUCAUUCAAAUAGAAAACAAUUUAGAAUAUUCUACUAGGAAAAAAAAUUCAUUGCAAGAAUAGUUUAAAAUGUUCUAUUUAAUUUAAUAACAUUAAAUAGCUUUUUUCUUUAAAUUAUAUUUUAUGCCAUUUAUAUUUGUCCCAUCCCAAAAUGACAAAGUUUUUUAUUUUAUUAUUUCUCUUGAAAAUGGGAAGGAUGUUGAAUCUUUAGUGCAACGUGGAGAGCCAUUUGUAUCUUCCAACCUCAAUGGAAUAAAUUUGCACCAUGGACAGGAAAUCACUCAAAUAAGAGAACAAAAUGCCUAUUUUGAACCCACUCUAAAUAAAGAAAGUGAGAUGGCGAUGAAUACAAGUAUGGAGAGCUCAUCUAGUAUUAAAAGAAGAAAGUUGAAGUCAAAGGUUUGGGAGGACUUCAUAAAAUAUGAAGACAAAGAGAAGAAGGAAUGGGCUAAAUGUAAACAUUGUGAGAAAGUGUUUGUAGGAUCAAGUAAAAGUGGAACGACACAUCUCAACAAUCAUUUAAAAAGUUGUCAAGGUUUGAGAACUCUAGGUGGAGUUGCAGAUAAAGGAAAAAUGAAAAGUGUGAUUGGUCCAAAUUUGAAUGGCUCUGAGUUGGUGUCAAGGAUCAUUAAGUAUGGGCUAAAUGAUAUCAAGGAUGAUAUUCUUGUUAUUUACGAACAAAAGAAGUGUAACUUUCAUGGAUAUUUAGAUAAACUCCCUUCUCAUUUUAGUGUAACAAUUGAGUGGUGGGAUGCGUUUUGGUAUUUGAGAAUCUGGUUUGUUGAUGAUAGUUGGGAAUUGAGAAACAUGAUUAUUAAUUUCAAUAAUAGAGGCGAUGUCUAUGAACUUGUGAAGUCUGUGCUUAUGGAUUGGAAUAUACAUAGAAAAAUAUGCUCUGUGAUUAUCUCUUGCCAUCAUCCAUUAAUAUAUGUGGAACAGAAUGAGAAUCUGAAAAAUUGGUUGAAAGAACAAGGUUCAGUUCCUUUCAUUGUGGCAUCUUAUUUGCAUGAGUUUGCAUUUUCUGAGAUUCAAGCGAAUUUGAGUUUUCAUAAAUUGAAAGAAAUUUCUCCAAAUAAAAUUUUAACAAAAGCAUCUGAUCUUCAAAGUUACGUCAGCAAAUCAUCAAAUGACUUGAGUUUUAACAAUGCAGUCACAGAAGCUACAUCCAAGGGCAAAAUAGUAACUUCACAAAGUGUUCCUCAGACCAGUUGUCAAGAUGAAAGUCUGUUUGAGUGGGUAGUGGGAUGUAAAGAAGUGUUUUGUGAAUUGGAGCAUAGAUAUCCUGAUUUCAAGUCUAUGAAUUUUACAAAAGAGGAGUGGGAUGAUGCAACUUUAAUGUAUGGUUGUUGGCAAGUGAUGAAGGAUUUGAAAAAAGAAAUUGAUAGCUUGCUAGAUGCUUCUAAAACCGUAAAUGUGUAUUUCUCAAUAUUUUGUUACUUCUUUUUAAGAUUCGAUCAAUUGAGAAAAAGUGAUAAUUCUUAUCUUCACACCAUUGCAUCAUGUUGCCUAGAACAUGUUGAAUGCUGGGAGUACUGUGGGCUGGUUAAAGAAGUUAUCAUUUUGGAUCCAAGGUGUAAAAGAGAGACGCUAGAAAGUUAUUACAAAAUGAUUUAUGGUAAUGAUGCUGAGGCAUGCUUUGAUAAAAUGAUUGAUGAUGUUAAAAAUUUUUUCAGUAAUUGUGUAAAGGGAAUAUCAUCAUCUUGUUCAAGCCAUGACUAUAAUACUACAUUAGAAUCAGAGCUCGACUCUUAUUUGAAAGAGAAGCAUCCUGAAGAUGAAGGGCUUGAUGUCCUACAAUGGUGGCAUGACAAAUCUCUAAUUUAUCCAACAUUAGCUAGGAUAGCGUGCUAUUUCUUAUCGAUAUCUAUCAAAACUCCUGAUUUAGAUUUAGAUGAUUCCUUGCGGGGAGAAAUUGAUGAUAUUUUGUUGGGUAGUCUAGAUGAUGACUUGAAAUACAAAUUAGCGUGUACAAAAAUAUGGUUGAACACCUCUGAAAAUAAUUGAAUAAGUUGUUGAAUAUAUAUGUUAUAAUUUUUUUUUUUUUUUGCUUUUAGUACGAAUAGGAAUAGCCUUUUUUUAAGUAGAAAAAUGAAAAAAAUAUUGUACUUCUCAAGUUUUAUCUCAAUUGCCAUGUCAUUUUUACA